CCGGUCACGAGCAACUCUAUCGCAUCGAGGUCGAUAACAACAAUAACAACAAAACCCACCAUGGCCGCUUCAAACCGCGUCAUGGGCAGCAUCGGUGCACUGGCCCGCACCGCCCGCCCCUCGGCCAUUGCAUCAACAUCAUCGCGCGCCUCCUCGUCCGUCGCGGCUGCCAAUGCCAACAGCGACCCCGUUGUGCUCAUCAGCGAUCAGGGCAUUCUGAACUUCCCCAAGCUCAAGCCCGUCCCCACCUCGCACGGCAUCCACGUCGCGACCAUCCAUCUGCGCGCGCACCACCCGGCCAACCUCGACCUCUACUCCGAGUUUGCGGCACACACUGCCAAGUCGCUCCGUAUCCCGACGUCGGGCAUCGCGCGUCUCCCGACCACCAAGGAGCUCACGACGGUGCUCAAGUCGCCCUUCGUCCACAAGAAGGCCCAGGAAAACUUUGAGCGCAUGACGCACCGCCGCACCAUCAAGGUGUUCGACACGGAGCGCGAGGUCGUCGACCUCUACCUCCGCUACCUGCGGCGCAACGGCAUCGCCGGCGUCGGCAUCAAGGCCUACGUCCACGAGUUUGUCGAGUUUGGCUUUGCCCGCGGCGAGAUGGCCGACCUCCAGGGCCAGGUCAAGGGCAAGGACGAGACCGAGCUCGAGAAGGCCACCGCCGAGAUUGUCAAGGCCUUGAGCCAGGGCCUCGAGUUUGAGGACGAGCCCAAGGUCGUGGCUGCCCCCGAGGCCAAGGAGCCCGAGGUGGUCGAGGCGAAGAAGGCGGAGGAGAAGGUUGAGAGCGCCGAGAAGGUUGAGAAGGUUGAGAAGGUCGACGCCAAGGUCGAGGCCAAGGCCGAAAAGGUGGAGAAGGCGCCUGCCGCUGAGCCAGCGGCCGACGCUGCCGAGCCCACCAAGUCAUCAUAGAGCAGAUUACAGCAUAUGCAGCAUCUCAUAGGGC